AUGGCCCAUCUCGUCUCCAGUGGCGAUGGGUUGGUGGUGACCGUGGACAGAGAGUCAGGUGACGUCCUGUGGAUGCAAAACUAUGGGUCACCUGUGGUGGGUGUGUACCUGUACAGCCAGGACUCUCUGAGACACGCCCCUCACCUGUCGGUUGCCAUGGAGACGCUGCGCUACCUCACCUUCUCGUCCCACGACACACACACCAUGAAGUGGAGCUACCAGUUUGUCACGGAGCAGGCCAGCACGCACACACAGCUGGUGCCCACUCUGUAUGUAGGGAAACUGGACUCUCAUCUUUACGCCUCCACCUCCCUGGUUCACGACGGAGUCUCUCUAGUGCCGCGGGGCCUGACGCUGGCGCGUAUCGAGGGACCAGAGACCGAGGAGGUGACGGUUAGAGAGGAGGGAGAGUGUGAGAUCAUUCCGUCUACCGACGUACGGUACCCGCCAGGCUCCACCAACACACUGAACAACCAGUGGCUCCUCAUAGGUAACUACCCGCCAGGCUCCACCAACACACUGAACAACCAGUGGCUCCUCAUAGGUAACUACCCGCCAGGCUCCACCAACACACUGAACAACCAGUGGCUCCUCAUAGGUAACUACCCGCCAGGCUCCACCAACACACUGAACAACCAGUGGCUCCUCAUAAGUAACUACCUACCAGGCUCCACCAACACACUGAACAACCAGUGGCUCCUCAUAGGUAACUACCCGCCAGGCUCCACCAACACACUGAACAACCAGUGGCUCCUCAUAGGUAACUACCCGCCAGGCUCCACCAACACACUGAACAACCAGUGGCUCCUCAUAGGUAACUACCCGCCAGGCUCCACCAACACACUGAACAACCAGUGGCUCCUCAUAGGUAACUACCCGCCAGGCUCCACCAACACACUGAACAACCAGUGGCUCCUCAUAGGUAACUACCCACCAGGCUCCACCAACACACUGAACAACCAGUGGCUCCUCAUAGGUAACUACCCACCAGGCUCCACCAACACACUGAACAACCAGUGGCUCCUCAUAGGUAACUACCCACCAGGCUCCACCAACACACUGAACAACCAGUGGCUCCUCAUAGGUAACUACCCACCAGGCUCCACCAACACACUGAACAACCAGUGGCUCCUCAUAGGUAACUACCCGCCAGGCUCCACCAACACACUGAACAACCAGUGGCUCCUCAUAGGUAACUACCCGCCAGGCUCCACCAACACACUGAACAACCAGUGGCUCCUCAUAGGUAACUACCCACCAGGCUCCACCAACACACUGAACAACCAGUGGCUCCUCAUAGGUAACUACCCGCCAGGCUCCACCAACACACUGAACAACCAGUGGCUCCUCAUAGGUAACUACCCGCCAGGCUCCACCAACACACUGAACAACCAGUGGCUCCUCAUAGGUAACUACCCGCCAGGCUCCACCAACACACUGAACAACCAGUGGCUCCUCAUAGGUAACUACCCGCCAGGCUCCACCAACACACUGAACAACCAGUGGCUCCUCAUAGGUAACUACCCGCCAGGCUCCACCAACACACUGAACAACCAGUGGCUCCUCAUAGGUAACUACCCACCAGGCUCCACCAACACACUGAACAACCAGUGGCUCCUCAUAGGUAACUACCCACCAGGCUCCACCAACACACUGAACAACCAGUGGCUCCUCAUAGGUAACUACCCACCAGGCUCCACCAACACACUGAACAACCAGUGGCUCCUCAUAGGUAACUACCCGCCAGGCUCCACCAACACACUGAACAACCAGUGGCUCCUCAUAGGUAACUACCCGCCAGGCUCCACCAACACACUGAACAACCAGUGGCUCCUCAUAGGUAACUACCCACCAGGCUCCACCAACACACUGAACAACCAGUGGCUCCUCAUAGGUAACUACCCGCCAGGCUCCACCAACACACUGAACAACCAGUGGCUCCUCAUAGGUAACUACCCGCCAGGCUCCACCAACACACUGAACAACCAGUGGCUCCUCAUAGGACACCAUGAGUUACCCCCGGUAGCCCACACCACCAUGUUGAGAGACUUCCCGGUAAACCUGCAGCGUUCCGGUGAUAACGUUAUCCCGACCCGGUCUCAGAACAACCGCUAUACAGACAAUCCUUUCCAGUCAGUAGGUCAUGGUGGUGGAGGGGGUCGUGGUUCGGGUCCUGGCGGAAGCAGAAGGACCCAAGCAGGAUCAAGAUCAGGGUUGUCCUCUGUCCUGCCCGACUAUAUAUACCAGGACCCUGUUACCGUGAUGAUACUGUCUCUACUGCUGGGAGGAUGGCUUGCCUUCGCUCUGACUUAUCCACAG